AUGUUAGUUUAUUUCAGUGUGGCGAUUUGUACCACGAAAAGUAAUUUUAAAUUAACAAUUGAAAAUGGAGAACUUAAAGCAACACAUCAAUUAGCAGAAACUGACAAACGCCUUAUUCGAGUUCAAGAUCGUAACCAACGACUUCCUUUACAUUUUAAUAAUAAUUUAUGGCAUAGUGUUUGUGUUGUUAGGGAACUGAAUUCUAUUCGCCUAAUUGUUGAUGACAUUUUUGAUCAAAAAGUUUUACAAUUCACUCCACGAUUAAAAUGGCUAGGAAAUUCUUUCUUUUUUGUUGGAGGUGUGCCUCAAACUUUGAGGCACUUAAUGCCAUCAGAACAUUUAUUACCUUUUCGUGGAUGCCUAAAAAAGAUAUUUUUCCAAUCGGGUCCUGUUGAACUAAAUUUAAUUCAAUUGGCAGAUCAAGGAUUUGGACAAUCUAAUGUCCAAACUUUUGGUGACCUUACAUUUUCUUGUAUGCCAAGUGCUCAAAAUGCUCCUUUGGUUUUCUCUUUUAAUAAUGAAAAUAAUUAUACUAAAUUACCUCCUUGGCGUUCUCCAUCUCGUGGAACUUUAGGUUUGUUUUUGGAGAAAUUUUGUUUUUAG